CUCCAUAAUAACAAUAUUACUCAAUAUACCAACAAUGGGAAAUUGUAUAAUUCUUCAAGAAAAAGUUGUAAAAGUGAUAAAAACAGAUGGGAAAAUUCUUGAAUACAAAGCUCCCAUAAAAGUCUAUCAAAUUUUAUCACAAUUUCCUAGCCAUGUAAUUUCUAAUUCCCUUCAAAUUAUUGAUCAAAAUCUUCUACCAAAUGAUGACUUGCUAAGUGGCCAAAUUUAUUAUCUUUUGCCCCAAUUACCAAUGCAUCCUCCUCCUAAAUCACCCAAGAAGAAGGUCAAGUUUGCAAAUGAUCAAGUACUAGAAAAGGUCAAGUUUGCAAAUGAUCAAGUACUAGAAAAGGCCAAGUUUGCAAAUGAUCAAGUAAAUGGGAAGGCCAAGUUUGAAAAUGAUCAAGCAAAUGAGAAGGCCAAGUUUGCAAAUGAUCAAGCAAAUGAGAUGGCCAAGUUUACAAAUGAGAAGGCCAAGUUUUCAAAUGAUCAAGUCAUAAAAAAGGUCAAGUUUGCAAAUGAGAAGGCUAAGUUUGCAAAUGAUGAAGGAAAUGAGAAGGCCAAGUUUGCAAAUGAUCAAGUCAUAAAGAAGGUCAAGUUUGCAAAUUAUGAUCAAGCAAAUGAGAAGGUUAACUUUGCAAAUGAUCAAGUAAAUGAGGUGGUCAAGUUUGCAAAUUAUGAUCAAGUAAAUGAGAAGGUUAACUUUGCAAAUGAUCAAGUUGAAUUAUUAGAAGCCAAUGACAAAAAGAAAGAGGUUAUUAGGGUUAAAAUUGUCAUUACCAAGAAACAAUUACAAGAAUUAUUGAGUAAUGAAAGUGGAUUAAUCAAAGUUGAUGAUAUAAUCAAGAGUUCUACUACUAUAGUUGAUGAAAAUACAAAUAAUGGUAAAGGAUGGAAGCCUAUUCUUGAUAUUAUACAUGAACUUGACUAUCGUGGAAAUAGCCCCUUUGCUGCCCUGAGGUUUGAUCUAGUCGUGGAAAUAGCCCCUUUGCCGCCAUGUGAUCAGGAGGUUAUAAAACAUCACAUAUGCUCGUCCAAAUUCAAAACAAACCUUAUAUCUUACAUAAAAACAACAAUGGGAAAUUGCAUAGUUCUUCAAGAAAAAGUUGUAAAAGUGAUAAAAACAGAUGAGAAGAUUCUUGAAUACAAAGCUCCCAUCAAAGUCCAUCAAAUUUUAUCACAAUUUCCUAACCAUGUAAUAUCUAAUUCUCUUCAAAUCAUUGAUCAAAAUCUUUUACCAAAUGAUGAUAUGCUAGGUGGAAAAAUUUACUAUCUUUUACCUAUAUUACCUCGAAAACCAGCAGUAAAAAAGAAGGUUAAGUUUGCUGAUGAUUCAAAAAAUGUUGUAAGGAUUAAGAUUGUCAUCAGUAAAAAAGAGCUUGAAGCUUUGUUGAUGAGUAAUGAAGGAGGAUUAAUCGCGGUUGAUCAUAUCGCGAAUCACAGUGUGAAGAAGGAACAUGUUAUCGCAAAUGAUAUCUUACACUGUUCUGUUGUCGACGAUAACAGUAUUGAUCGAAGUAAAGGAUGGAAGCCUGUUCUUGAUAAUAUACCUGAAAUCGACUAGGAGAGAGGGUUUGCUAGUCAACUGACAAGUGAGGCUUGCACAAGUGGUUGAACAGGUUCGAGUUAGGGUUGAGGGUAAGUGAGAGCACUACUGAUCCCGAGGAAAAAUGAAACUAGUCACCUCACAAUCUAUACCUUUUGUUUCAAUCUAUGUUGCUCGGAUCCUUCAAAAAAUGCCAACGCACAUAUGUCAGAUCCUCCUGACGUGCACUACUUUUGGAAAAUCUGACAUGGGCGCGACAGUUAGUAUACGUGUACUCGGCUAGCACACAACCU